CCUGGCUGGGCCCAGCCGAGCGGGAGGGACCGAGCGGAGGAGCGAGCCGAGCGGCGUCGCCGGAGCCCAGCCGCGCCGCCGGCCCGCCAGCCCGCGCUCCAGUCCGCCGAGUCUAGCAGCGGGGCCCAGCAUGGUCAUGGCGGAUGGCCCGAAGCACUUGCAGCGCGGGCCGGUCCGGGUGGGGUUCUACGACAUCGAGGGCACGCUGGGCAAGGGUAACUUCGCCGUGGUGAAGCUGGGGCGGCACCGGAUCACCAAGACGGAGGUGGCGAUAAAAAUAAUCGAUAAAUCUCAGCUGGAUGCAGUGAACCUUGAGAAAAUCUACCGAGAAGUACAAAUAAUGAAAAUGUUAGACCACCCUCACAUCAUCAAACUUUAUCAGGUAAUGGAGACCAAAAAUAUGUUGUACCUUGUGACAGAAUAUGCCAAAAAUGGAGAAAUUUUUGACUACCUUGCUAAUCAUGGCCGGUUAAAUGAGUCUGAGGCCAGGCGCAAAUUCUGGCAAAUCCUGUCCGCUGUUGAUUAUUGUCAUGGCCGGAAGAUCGUGCACCGUGAUCUCAAGGCUGAAAAUCUCCUGCUGGAUAGCAACAUGAACAUCAAGCUAGCAGAUUUCGGUUUUGGAAAUUUCUUUAAAAGUGGCGAACUGCUGGCAACCUGGUGUGGCAGCCCCCCUUACGCAGCCCCGGAGGUCUUUGAAGGGCAGCAGUACGAGGGACCGCAGCUGGAUAUCUGGAGCAUGGGAGUUGUUCUUUACGUCCUUGUCUGUGGAGCUCUGCCUUUUGAUGGACCAACUCUUCCAAUUUUGAGGCAGAGAGUUUUAGAAGGAAGAUUCCGGAUUCCGUAUUUCAUGUCAGAAGAUUGUGAGCACCUUAUUCGAAGGAUGCUGGUGCUGGACCCAUCCAAACGGCUAACAAUAGCUCAAAUCAAGGAGCAUAAAUGGAUGCUCGUAGAAGUUCCGGUACAGAGACCUGUUCUCUAUCCACAAGGGCAAGAAAAUGAGCCAUCCAUUGGGGAAUUUAAUGAACAGGUUCUGCGACUGAUGCACAGCCUCGGAAUAGAUCAGCAGAAAACCAUCGAGUCUUUGCAGAACAAGAGCUACAACCACUUUGCUGCCAUUUAUUACUUGUUGGUGGAGCGCCUGAAAUCACACCGGAGCAGUUUUCCCGUGGAGCAGAGACUCGACGCCCGCCAGCGGCGGCCCAGCACCGUGGCUGAACAGACCGUUGCCAAGGCACAAACGGUGGGGCUGCCGGUGACCGUGCAUGCACCCAGCGUGCGGCUGAUGCGGUCCGCCCUCCUCCCACAGGCGUCCAACGUGGAGGCCUUUUCAUUCCCAGCAUCCGGCUGCCAGGCGGAAGCAGCGUUUAUGGAAGAAGAGUGUGUCGACACGCCAAAGGUAAACGGCUGCCUGCUGGACCCCGUGCCGCCCGUGCUGGUGAGGAAGGGGUGCCAGUCGUUGCCCAGCAACAUGAUGGAGACCUCCAUCGAUGAGGGGCUGGAAACAGAGGGAGAGGCUGAGGAAGACCCCAGCCAGGCCUUUGAUGCGUUCCAGUCCACACGCAGUGGGCAGAGACGGCACACUCUGUCAGAAGUCACCAAUCAGAUGCUCGUGGUGCCUGGUUCAGGGAAAAUUUUCUCCAUGAGUGACAACCCCUCCCUUGACAGUGUGGACUCGGAGUAUGAUAUGGGGUCUGUUCAGAGGGACCUGAACUUUCUGGAGGACAACCCUUCCCUUAAGGACAUCAUGUUAGCCAAUCCGCCCUCCCCACGCAUGACGUCUCCCUUCAUCAGCCUGAGACCUGCCAACCCAGCCAUGCAGGCUUUGAGCUCCCAGAAGCGAGAGGCCCACAACAGGUCGCCAGUGAGCUUCAGAGAGGGCCGCAGGGCGUCGGAUACCUCCCUCACCCAAGGAAUUGUGGCAUUUAGACAACAUCUUCAGAAUCUGGCCAGAACCAAAGGAAUCCUAGAACUGAACAAAGUGCAGCUGCUCUACGAACAGCUCGGACCAGAGGCAGACCCGGACUUGGCACCUGCUGCCCCUCAGCUCCAGGACCUCGCCGCCAGCUGCCCUCAGGAGGAAGUUUCUCAGCAGCAGAAGACGGUCUCUGCCGUGCCCGGCACCGUGCGUCCGCAGCUUUCCCCGCGCCAGAGCCUGGAGGCGCAGUAUCUCCACAGACUCCAGAAGCCCAGCCUUCUGUCAAAAGCGCAGAACACCUGUCAGCUGUACUGUAAAGAGCCACCUCGGAGCCUCGAGCAGCAGCUGCAGGAACACAGACUCCAACAGAAGCGACUCUUUCUCCAGAAACAGUCUCAGCUACAGGCCUACUUUAAUCAGAUGCAGAUAGCAGAGAGCCCAUACCCGCCGCCCGGUCAGCAGCUGCCCCUGCCCCGCCAGGACACGUCCACGCCGUCCCCGCAGCCCCCGCCUUUCAGCCUGCCCCAGCCCCUGAGCCCCGUGCUGGAGCCCGCUUCCGAGCAAAUGCAGUACAGCCCCUUUGUCAGCCAGUUCCAGGAGAUGCAGCUGCCACCCCUGCCCUCAGCACCCCGGCCCCGGGCUCCUCCGCUGGCCGUGCACCUGCAGCCGCCCCCGCCGCCGCCGCCACCCCUGCCGCCCCCGCAGCAGGCCGGAGCCACCCCAGCCCCCUUACAGUUCUCCUAUCAGACUUGCGAGCUGCCGGGGGCUGCCUCCCCGGAGCCAGACUACCCUGCUCCCUGCCAGUACCCCAUGGAGGGGGCGCCACAGAGCAGCCUGGCUGCGCAGGACUGUCCCCGGAACUCGGGACUGCAGGAGGCCCCCUCCAGCUACGACCCUCUAGCCCUCUCAGAGUUCCCUGGACUCUUCGAUUGUGAAAUGCUGGAGGCUGUGGACCCGCAGCACGGUGGCUACGUCCUGGUAAACUAACCUCCGCACAGGAAGUGAGGCGGGUCCAGUGAAGGAAGAAUGUGUGUUUCUAUUUUUAUUGCAGCCUUUUCCAUUUAAAGCUUAUUUUCCUGCCUUCUCCCAAAUGGAGAAAAAGUUGCCCACCUGGAAUCAGAGGGCCUGGCCGGGCCACGUGUCUCUUUCUCCUGGCUCUGUCCCACCAUAGUCCUCUGC